ACGGAUCCGGCGCGAGAUAUGGCUCGGGAAAAUGUACCCCAAUCCAGGGAGCAGAAAUACAUUGUACUCCGAAUUGGCCCAUCAUCCCAAUUGUUACACAGAGAAGAAUGAACGAGUGCUAAUGGUCACAAGCGAGUCGGAUCUGCUGGCUACACCUGAAAAUAAUGCAAAGAAGUUCAGAGAUUUUUUUUCGAAUAUAAAUGUUUGCUAAUUUAAACAAAACAUUUUCAAAUUCCUCAGAUUUUUCGUGAACACAAACUUAACCUUUAAAAAUAAUAUAGAUUUUUUUUGUUGCUCUCGGUAGGCUGUUGGUGCCCAUGGUUACUGAAAAGUUUUGUUUACAUGUCAUUUUGGAGGAGGUAGACUUGACGUGCGGUCUGAGAAGCAACACACACGGCUAAACUAGCUAACAUCGUAUGCAAAGGAGAAUAUUAGCCAAACUUGGCCAGAUAUAUCCCCCAACCAGCUUCCCUGGUGAGCAGCAGCACACAUCCCUGAGAGGAGUUCAGACGUCACAUGACGUCAGACCAGGAGUCGGCCGUCCCAGCUGAGCCUCCGGUGCUGCUAACGCGGGAGACGUGGUCGCACCACCUCGAUCUGGAGCGUCAACACCUGGAAUCCACCCCGGUCUCUGAGCUGAACCCAAACGCUCAAGUAUGGGCCAAUCACACACUUAGCCUGGAACCCUCAGGCCUUGUCUACACUGACGCUCUCCAAUCAUGGCUGGCGGUGACCAGUCACCUUGACAACCAGGAAGGGUAUGAGCAGGGAUAUGACCUGGAGGAGGUGGGCGAGGCUCAGCUGGAACCGGGCGGUGUAGAAUUUCCGGUGGUCACCAUGGGAAACCCGUCAGCCAAUGGCCUGGUCCAGGAUAGCUGUGUGUCAGAGGAGCUCAUGGCGCAGCUGAAGACCUCACUGGAGUCCUGUCUGUCACGGGAGAACCUGGCCAAUGACCUCUACCUCGUCUCCCAGAUGGACUGUGACCAGUAUGUUCCCAUAGCAACGCUUGCCAACCUCAACCACAUCAAGAAGCUCAGCACUGACUUGGAGCUCAUCUCUGACGUCCUCAAGUCAUUGCCACUGGUGGAGGUGGCAGAAUGUGGGCAGAAGGUACGGCCAAAUCGGGGUCGCUGUAUCGUCAUCCUCCGAGAGGUCCCAGAGACCACACCCCCAGAGGAGGUGAAGGCUCUGUUUGCAAGUGAGAGCCUCCCCAGGAUCCAGAGCUGUGAGUUUGCCCAGAACGACAACUGGUUCAUCACCUUCCACAGUGAGGCUGAUGCUCAACAGGCGUUCCAAUACCUAAGAGAGGAGGUAAGGACGUUCCAGGGGAAACCCAUCAAGGCACGAAUCAAGGCCAAAGUGAUGGCAGUCACAUCUUACGCUCCAAAGAAUGGCUACAGGCCCUGCCCAAUGGACCCCUGCACCAAUCAGCAGCCUUACAGCCCAUACUACGCCCAGCCCACUUUCCAGCAGCCCCUCCCACAGCUCUACACAAUGACUAAUCAGAGCUUGGCUGCCAUGGCCGGAUACACAGACCCUGUCAUGAUGGCGGCAUUCUCUGGCUUCAUGGACGACUUCCCAGGAUGCCCCAGCUUCAAGCUAUCCCCCUCACACAGACUCAGGGGACAGCGAGACCAGAGGCGGUUGUCUGGCGACAGGGGGCCGGGCCUUCUGGAUGAUCCCCCCUUCUUCCUGGAGGGUGGACCAAUAGGAUGCGUCCCUGGCCCCCCCAGGCAGGGUCGGCCACGGUUACCAGGCAACAGGCGUAUGGACGGAGAGGGGGGUCGACGUGGAGGGAGAGGGGGGUCGGGGUCCUCCCCCAGCACUGACAGAGGAAGGAGAGGUCCCAUUGGUCAGAGGAGGAGAAGAGAUGACAAGUACUCUAGAGGGCCCCCCCAGUCGCCCCGCCGCUCCUUGUCUCCCAGUCUGGAACUCGGCCCCAAUAGCUUCCCCCCACUUCCCCUUGCUACAGCUUCUACAGCAACAGUUACCACAGCAACCAACAUCCAUAAGGCAACCAGCAACCACAAGAGUCCAGUUAGAGGCAGCAGUACCAGUGAACCAACCACUGUGACAUCACAAGACCUCCAGCCUAUCACAGCAUUGCCUCAGAAAACCCUCCCCCUAGCGAAGAUAAAGGAAACUGUAGUGUCUCCCAAGAGAACCACAGCAGCUCAUCCGACCGCAGAAGAACCACAGACCACGAAGGGGAAGAGACCAGGAACGGAGUCCAAGAAGCCAAGCUACGCUGAGAUCUGCCAGCGCAUACGAGCUAAUCAGAUGCUCACCGCAAAGGCUACUGACCUCACCCCCUUGGGGACGGAGCUUGUCCCAGCCUAUCCUGCGCAGGCGCCUGACCCGGCCCAGUUAUCACGGUGACCAGAGUGAGAUAGUUACUUUGGGUUGGGGAGGGAAGAAGUUCUUCAAGCCAAAGAAAAACAUUGAAAAGUUGUAGCUCUGUUGUUUCUCUCUGUCGUUUCUCUCUGUCGUUUCUCUCUGUUGUUUCUCUCUGUUGUUUCUCUCUGUCGUUUCUCUCUGUCGUUUCUCUCUGUCGUUUCUCUCUGUCGUUUCUCUCUGUCGUUU